CGCCGCGCACGCGCAGUGCCGCCCCGCCCCCUCCCGGCGUGCCCCGCGGCGCCCAACAUGGCGGCCCGCGUGCUGCUGCGGGCGGUGCGGGUAGCGCUGCCGGGCCCGGCCCGCGGAUACGCCAAGAAGCCCGCCAUGAAGUCCAAGGGCAAGGCCGUGCCGAAGGAGGCGCUGCAGGGCCCGGAGGUCUGCACGGACCCCGUCAUGCUCACCACCCACGCCAUGGGCGUCAAUUACUUCAAGGAGGGCCCGGAGGUGGCCCUGAAGCCCGACUCCGAGUACCCCGACUGGCUCUUCAAGAUCCACCUGGGGCCCCCCAAGAAGCUGGAGGAGCUGGACCCUGACUCGAUCGAGUACUGGAGGCGCCUGCGGAAGUACAACACGUGGCAGCGCAACAGGCUGAAGAAGGGCAAGAAGCUGUAGGCACUGGCAGAGCUCGGGGGCUGCCCUGAGUGCCAGCGCUUUUGGUCUCUUCUUCUUGCUGUAAAUUAAUAAUAAUUAAUAAUAAAUCUCUGUGAGGCUGAUACCUGUUA